AUGGAGCUCGACUUCCCUCAGUCUGUCCUUGAAGCCCAAGCCCACAUCCGCCAGAUCCGUCGCGACAAAGGACUCGGAGAUGGGUCAGAGAGGAUAGGCAACAAUGCAGCUGACCUUGAGUCCGCUUUGGAGAUGAGCCUCUCCCACGAUCUCUAUCAAACAUCGACCCAUUUUCUUCUGGAACUGAUACAAAAUGCCGAUGACAACUCUUAUACGGCGGAAACACCGACGCUAUCCAUCUCGUAUUCAUCAAGGAAGGUUAGAAUCGACUGCAACGAGCGUGGAUUUGCCAAACAGAACGUCGAGGCCAUUUGCCGAAUCUGCAAAAGUACGAAAAGUGGCAGAAGCAAAUCUGCUGGUUUCGUGGGUGAGAAGGGAAUAGGCUUCAAGGCAGUUUUCAAGGUCGCGUCUACCGUCUGGAUUUCCUCUGGACAUUAUUCUUUUCGGUUCGACCGCGAUGGCCACCUGGGGAUGAUUGCUCCAAUCUGGGAUAGUUUUCCAGAGAAGCCGAGAGAAGGAUAUACUUCUAUCCUGCUCAAGCUGGACAAGGCAUGCGACGAGAAGCUCAUUAUCAGCAAAAUGCAGUCAUAUGAUGAGAAGCUUCUGAUCUUCCUCCGGAGACUUAGGAGGCUCGAAAUCAAGUACACUCCGGACAGAUUUUCCCUCAGGAAGCCAUUCGAGACGGUUCUUACUCGUCACGGCCAGCCUUCAGAGAACCCAUCUACGAUGACACUAAUGAAUAACGGGACCAAGAGGCAUUACUUCGUUUUCCGACGCUCAGCGAAGCGACUCCCCUCAGACUCUCGCCGCCCAGGAAUAACACACUCCGAGGUGGUUGUCGCCUUCCCCAACACUGGGAUCAACGGAGACGCACAUGUGCAACCUGUGAUCGAGCCUCAGAAUGUCUAUGCUUUCUUACCAAUUCGAAACUAUGGUUUUCCUUUUCUCCUACAAGCAGAUUUUCUUCUUUCCGCAAACCGAGAAGACAUCCACGUCGACUCAGCCUGGAAUAAAUCUCUGGCCCAAGCUUCCGCGGUAACCUUCAUUGAAGCCAUCCGUCACAUUGGCAGCCUGGAAAACAAGCUCAGAUAUCUCUGGAUCCAUUAUUUGCCUACUACUGCGUCACAAAGUCCCUUUUUCGAGGCCUUGAGACAGGAUAUUCUAAAGCGAUUGAAAUCCUCAGAGGUCUUAGAGUCCAUGGACGGUAAAAAGAGGAAACCGACAAGCCUUAUUACGGUCCCUGGAGUCUGGAAGGAUACCAAUGGACGCCCGUUCAUGAUUGAUAAGAGCAACGAAAACAAAUAUGCUGCUGGAAAAUAUGAUGGCCACCUCGACCAGACCAUGUUAGCCCUUCUGGGUGUCAAGGUCAUGGAUGAGAGGGGUUUCUACGAUGAGAUGAUGAAAGUCCUUCGGAAGGAUCCAGGUUCAUUUCUGAAAAAGAAAUCGCAGGAAUGGCAUGCUAGUCUCGCUCGCGCGUUAUCCAACCUACCUAGCCUGUCCUACUUCCAAUCGUUACCAAUCAUUCCUCUCAGUGAUGGAACAUGGGUCGCAGCGAGCUCAAUCAGGCACACUUUUAUCCACCUCCCAAGCGACGAUCCAGCCGUGAAGAUACCCAGUGGAAUUGAGAUACCAAUCGUGGACGCCGAAGCUGCCGCAGACCUUGACAGAAACCAGCUUUUUAUUCGCUUGGGCAUCCUGCGGCUUGAGAUUGACCAUAUCAAGAGCGCCAUUAUCCAAACUCAUAGUAAUCCGGAGUUCAAACCAGACGCCUUGCUUCCUACCCAGCUUAUUUCUCACGCUGAAUUCAUGUUCCAGAACCGGGAAUCCGAUGAAACGUCACCAUUGCAGCUGUGGAUGGCGUCAGACUUGGGGUCCUGCCGCCGAGGUACUGCCAUUGAUGCGGCCCAAAAUGAGAAGCUCGUUCUUGUCCCACCAAAGAACGAAAACGAGGAUCGACGCUGGGUGUCUCCAUCCCAGUGUUUCUGGAGAGGCGCGUCCUGGCUCACCCAAUCCGUCGGACUCGAGAGGCUGUAUCCUGAUCUUGAAAGGUUCUUUCGCAUACAAAUGAAAGUGCCAAACGCCGGGAUUGAACAUCUGAUCAAAGAAGCGGCAGCAAUACCCCAGUUGCGGCAGCAGCCUGGCCGCCAUAUCGAACGAUUAUUUCUGACGCUGGUGUCCCACGUCAUGAUUCAUGGUCUUACCGGGGACCAGUCAAUGAGACUUCGGGCUAUGAGGAUAUUUCCCAUCACGAAAACUCUCGCCAAUGAGCCUUACGAGUACCUGACUUCCGCCACACCUAACAGCCCGUGGUUGAUUGCCGAUAGAACAUAUUUUAGGACUCAAUUUGAGCUGGUUAUGCCGGUUCUUGCUUUUCAACCCGAGUUUAUAUGGCGGAUUAAUCGCCUUCUACUUGACCUAGGUCUACAAGAACGAUUCCUCAGUCGAAUUGCGGUGAGCGUGACAGAGGCGCAUGGAAGCGUGCAGCUCCAUGAGGAUCUUACCAAACGGUAUAGAUCACGCGCCAGUUACUUGUUUCGACUUAUGGGCGAGAACCUGGCCAAUGGGCCUCAGCUACGGUCCUCUUUUCGCGGAGUGGAAGUUUUCGUGGCAGACAAAGUUACGCAACACUGGCAUGCGCCACUCGGACUCCAACGGAUUUAUAGCAGAUUCGCCGAGGGCACCUCGUUUUUGGAAUGCGACUACGCUGGCGACCUUCGAAUCUACCUACGCGCCGAUUACGAGAAGGAAGUAUAUCCCUGCGAGCUCGCAGAGCAGUUGAGGGACUUCUUCAACAUACCGAGCGAGCAAAAAGAUCUCAUUACGGUUAUACUGACUGCCACGGAAGAGAGGCUCGAUCCGCUCUUUGAGGGAAGGGGUAUUGCUCCGCUCCAAGUCGAAUCGCUCGAAGGUGAGGAGGAGCUCGAGGGAGAAGAAGGCGAGUAUAGGCCUAUCCUUCAAAUUCGAGAAACACCCACCAAGAAGAGCCGUCCUGAGCUGGGCGGUGGUUCACGGUUCAAUCAGCUACUCAGCCACGUGAGAUUCAGUCCCUUCUUCUUCAGAGGGAAUAAUAACCGUUUGAUGGACCUCCCCCCAACUUACGACACGGCGGUUGCUCGGUCUACUCUCAGCGCUCUCGGGCGUCCAGUAGAGCCUCGCGCAUUUUCCAGGCCGCAUACACUGUCUAGCGUUACUGGGGUCUUGAGGGACUUGGAAUUCAUACAAAUGCCUGGUGUUGUGAUUGGCACUCCGGCCAAUCCACCGACAAUAAUCGAUCGUGUAAGAGGGCUCGCACAACGUGACUCUGACAUUGGGGAGCAUAUUGUAUCGGGCAUACUCUCUAUCGUCCUCGGUCCACAAUAUGAUCACAAAACUAUGUGGGCGCCGAAGAGCUCAAGGGGCGGCGACCGCGCUACCUUCAAUUUUACAGAUACGCAAGGUAGAUUCGGUGCCUUCCUCAUGCGGCUCGACGGUAUGCGCGGCAGGGCGCAAGGGUAUACACGCUUGAUAUAUCACCUUGACGUUAAGGCCAUGGACUCGCUGCACUUCAAGAUUACACAAGAUGAGCUUGACCGAGCGCGUAAGAACUCGGUUCGCAACCAACCCCACCCUGACGAGGCCCCUCCCUCUCGCGACGUUUCAAUUCUCGUACAUAUCUCAGAUGUCCGCACAGAACCUAAGAUUAGGUUUCUCGCCGAUCCCUGGGACUUGUUUGAGGAUGAACAGCUUAUCCUAGAGAAUGCUCGAACGUACCAAGCUAAACUCAACCUUCGGUUCCGUCAUAACACGGAGAAUCCCGCUAACAAAGACGUUGGGUUCGACGCUCUUCAGUUCAGGGCAUCCAACGAGCCCCUUCCAGAAGACCCUAGUCCCGGGUAUGAAAAGGGAAAGGCGGAAGUUGAUGCAAAUGUAAAGGUUCAAAAAGCAUGA